UUGGGCGGGAUUUGACGUAAUACGGGUGCGAAACAAAUAUCUUGAGCAAAGCAGAGGGAAGAUUACUGUAGUUUACUGUCGCUACACAGACUGUCUGCGGUUGACCCUGUAGGUUAACAGCUGUUUCACAGGAUGGCAGUGGAGUCAAUGUCACCCGACUGGGAAUUUGAUCGCUUUGAUGACGGAUCUCUGAAAAUUCACACAGAAGUGCAGCUGAAAAACUAUAACAAGUUUCUGGAGGACUACACGUCUCAGCUGAAAGCUAUAGAGGAAGCCUUGGACGACUCCAUCGGAGAUGUUUGGGAUUUCAGUUUAGAUCCGAUAGCAUUAAAGCUGCUCCCUUAUGAACAGUCUUCUCUUUUGGAGCUAAUUAAAACAGAAAAUAAGGUCUUUAAUAAAGUCAUUACAGUCUAUGCGGCCCUCUGCAGUGAAGUUAAGAAGCUGAAAUAUGAGGCUGAAACAAAGUUCUACAACGGCUUGCUGUACUACGGUGAAGGAGUUUCAGACACCAGUGUGGUGGAGGGAGAGUGUCAGAUUCAGAUGGGACGCUUCAUCUCAUUUUUACAGGAGUUGUCUUGCUUUGUUUCUCGUUGCUUUGAGGUUGUGGUUAACCUGGUUCACCAGCUGGCUGCACUGUAUAAUAGCAACAAAGCUGCCACAAAAAUCAUUGAGUCAAGUGGGGUACAUUUUCAGACGGUAUAUGAGCAUCUAGGGGAACUCCUAGUGGUUCUGAUCACCUUGGAUGAGAUCAUGGAGAAUCACGCCACUUUAAGAGAUCAUUGGAAGAUGUACAAAAGAUUACUCAAAUCUGUCCAUCACAACCCAUCUAAAUUUGCUAUUCCUGAAGAGAAGCUGAAGCCUUUCGAGAAGCUUUUAUUAAAGCUAGAGGGUCAGCUUCUGGACAGCAUGAUCUUUCAGGCUUGUGUAGACCAGAGAUUUGAUAAUCCUGAGGAAGGUGUUUUAGUCUCUAAAAACAGUGCCUUUGCUGAGGAGUUUGCUCACAACGUUCGCACUAUCUUUGCCAGUGUGGAGUCAAAACUCGGAGAGCCUGCAGAGAUUGACCAAAGGGAUAAGUACGCCGGUGUCUGCGGCCUCUUCGCCCUUCAUUUUCACAUUUUUCGUACAGUCGACAAGAAGCUCUACAAAUCUCUCUUGGAUGUGUGUAAAAAGGUCCCUGCAGUUACACUGACUGCCAACAUAAUCUGGUUUCCUGAUACCUUUCUGAUAAACAAAAUCCCAGCAGCAGCCAAACUGAUGGAUAAGAAAAGUAUCCAGGCCAUUUGUAUCAGCAGAGAUACUUUCUUGCAACAAAAGGCACAGACUCUAACGAAGGACGUGCAAUCUUAUUAUGUUUUUGUAACCUCCUGGAUGAUGAAGAUGGAGGCCAUCUUAUCUAAAGAACAGAAAACUGAUAAGCUCUCUGAAGAUCUGAGCAACAGGUGCAAUGUUUUUGUACAGGGAAUCCUGUAUUCUUACAGUAUCAGUACCAUCAUAAAAACCAUCAUGAACCUCUACAUGUCCAUGCAGCGACCCAUGACUAAGACCUCUGUGAAAGCCCUGUGUCGUUUAGUAGAGCUACUGAAAGCAGUAGAACACACCUUCUACCGGCGAUCCAUUGUAGUGGCUGACUCUGUGUUCCAUAUCACUCAGCAGCUGCAGUCACAAGCACUGGCUGCUAUUUCUACAGCUAAGAAAAGAGUGAUCUCUGAUAAGAAAUACAGCGAGCAGAGGCUGGAUGUCCUGUCAGCUCUGGUGCUCGCUGAGAACACGCUGAAUGGCCCGAGCACCAGAGAGAGAAGACUGGUGGUGUCUCUAGCACUAAGCGUGGGCACUCAGAUGAAAACAUUCAAGGAUGAGGAGCUUUUACCGUUACAGCUUGUCCUAAAGAAACUGGACCUUAUUAGUGAAUUAAGAGAGAGGGUCAAAGUGCAGUGUGAUUGCAGCUUUCUCUACUGGCACCGUGCAGUGUUUCCCAUUUACCUGGAUGAUGUUUAUGAUAAUGCUGUGGAUGCAGCUAGAAUACAUUAUAUGUUUAGUGCUCUCAGAGACUGUGUGGAGACCAUGUUAUAUGCCAAACACAUGGAGUCCUGUGAGCAGCUCCUGGAGUGCUUUGACAAAGAGAUCAUGGAGGUCUUCCAUGAGCAUUUGUUAGACAAGCUGUGUAAGGAGAUAGAGAAAGACCUCCGGCUCUCCGUGCACACACACCUCAAGCUGGACGACCGGAACCCUUUCAAAGUGGGAAUGAAAGACAUGGCUCACUUCUUUUCCCUCAAGCCUAUCCGAUUCUUCAAUCGCUUCAUAGACAUCAAAGCCUACGUCACACACUACCUAGACAAAACCUUUUACAACUUGACGACAGUGGCUCUCCAUGACUGGGCCACAUACAGUGAGAUGAGGAACCUGGCCACGCAGCGCUAUGGCCUGGUCAUGACCGAGGCUCACCUCCCCAGUCAGACUCUGGAACAGGGGCUGGACGUAUUGGAGAUUAUGAGGAACAUCCAUGUUUUUGUCUCACGUUAUCUCUACAAUCUGAACAACCAGAUUUUUAUUGAGAAGACCAGCAACAACAAGCACUUGAACACUAUCAAUAUUCGGCACAUUGCUAAUUCCAUACGCACCCACGGGACCGGCAUCAUGAACACAACAGUCAAUUUUACUUACCAGUUCCUCCGAAAGAAGUUCUACAUUUUUAGUCAAUUUAUGUACGACGAGCACAUCAAGUCCAGGCUCAUCAAAGACAUCCGGUUCUUCAGAGAAACUAAAGACCAGACAGAUCAAAAGUAUCCUUUUGAGAGGGCAGAAAAGUUCAACCGUGGUAUUCGGAAAUUGGGCAUCACUCCAGAUGGGCAGAGCUACCUGGACCAGUUCAGACAACUCAUCAGCCAGAUUGGUAACGCGAUGGGCUAUGUACGGAUGAUCCGCUCCGGGGGUCUUCACUGCUGCAGCAGUGCCAUCAGGUUUGUUCCUGAUCUUGAGGAUAUUGUAAACUUUGAGGAGUUGGUGAAGGAAGAGGAUCUUACUGAAGAGACUCAGAAAGCAGCCAGCGUUCUAGACAGCGUACUUAGUGACCUGACCAGUAACUCAUCUGAGGGAACGGAGUAUUUCAAAAUGCUUGUAGGAGUUUUUGCCCCGGAGUUUCGCAGUGUGAAAAAUAUGCACUUGAGGAACUUCUACAUGAUUGUGCCUCCUUUGACAGUGAACUUUGUAGAACACUCCAUCAGCUGCAAGGAGAAGCUGAACAAAAAGAACAAAAGUGGUGCAGCAUUUACAGACGAUGGCUUUGCCAUGGGUGUGGCCUACAUCCUGAAGCUGCUGGACCAAUAUCAGGAGUUUGACUCAUUGCAUUGGUUCCAGGCAGUUCGAGAGAAAUACAUGAAGGAAAUGAAAGCGGUGGUGAAAGAACAGAACGUUCAGGCCACCAACCAAGACGAGAAACUCAUGCAGACCAUGAACUUAACUCAGAAGAGAUUAGACGUCUACCUGCAGGAGUUCGAGCUACUUUACUUCUCUCUGAGCAGUGCACGAAUAUUCUUCAGGGCCGAUAAGACCGCAGCAGAGGAAAUUCAGGAGAAGAAGGACAGGGAGGAUGUUGUUAAAGCUGACGCUGCUUCGUCUGAGGCUGCUGCCACCCCUGAGGCGCGUGCCAAGUGAAACUAUAAAUCUCCCACUUCAAGUCUUUAACUUCAUGUUAAGGAGUGGCAACAAACCAGUUUAUCCGAAACGCAUAUAUCUAGAGUGCCAUGUUUUGGAUUCUAACUCAGUAUUGCGUGGAAAGAUAAACAGCCACUGGUCACUGAUUAUGAAUUGGGAACAUUCAGUGUGAACAUUGUGGAAUAUUUUAUUCCUUCUAAUGCACUUAGGACUGGAACUGACUGUGAUCUGCUUGCAGAGAAACAUGCUCUUGUCACCUUUAUAUUCUGAUUACUGUACAGAUUUUGUCAGGUAACUGUCAGCUGUAAUUAGUUGGUGAAUGAGACCUUUUUUUUAGUUUUAAGAAAUAUUUUAAUAUGAAACCUGUUUUGAUAUUCUAAAGCAAAUUUGAUUUUUUUUUUUUUUUAAAAUAUGAAUCAUCUUGGAUCAUCUCCCUUUUGCUAAUUGGAUCAGAAAUGUCUUUCCAGAUUCAUGGUAACAAAAGUAGAGGUGUUUAUGUAACAGGAUUUACAUUGAAGUAGAAGUGCAUUGUAAUGUUAGCGUAGAAUAAUCCAUCGCUUGUCUAGCUAGGAUAACAUGUUCAUCCCAAGGUGUAUACCUCUGUUUCUUUGAUACAGCGUGCUAAAGCACAUAAAACCCGUUCCAACAUUGGGACAUAUUCACUAGCCUGCAAAGUUCCUUCAUAGAAACUGUUUUGAGAUUAUGUGGAACAUCAAGUGACUCACCAACAUGGGUACAGGAACUCUCAUUAGAGUGAACGAGUGGAUGAGAAUUAAUAGGAACCAUUAUAAGAAACCGGUGUGGUCACAAGCAAGACUGGCGAGCAAAAGCCUUCCAUAGUAUAAGAAAAGAAAUGAUACUCCAAUGAUUUGUCUUGGUAAGAGAGCCCAAGUCCACUGAGCUGUAGCAAACUAACAUUGUAUUUUGUACCUGACAUCCAUGCUGCGGGAUCUGUAUAAAAUGUGUGCAAAAUAAGCUGUGUGUCAGAUCUUAUGACAGAGGCUCUGAGUGAAAGCUUUAAUGCACUGUAUUCAGACCAUAAAGCUCAUCAGUGCUUAAUUUGAAACCAUUCCAGCUGAGUGUUGAUUCUUUCUUGAACUCUUGUCAUGUUUGUACAAUAAUAAUAUUAAUUAUGGAAAACUAACCAACAUUUGUAAUGCCAUAAUAAACAAAUUUCUUGGAAUUCGGUAUCUCCA